GAAUAUCAAAGCCCUCCUUUCUCUUUUUCCCCUUCCUUUUUUCUCUACAAACCACAACUUUUACAAACACAAUCGAACAAUCAAUACCACUAGAUAUACAUUAAACUCUCGUUCUCGGGAGUUGUUAUCUAGUUUUCCCACCCAAAUAAUCAAGACCUUCACGUCGCAGUCUCUUCAAGAGUACCUUGCGCAUUUUUUCACCCCACCUCCACCUACCAACCUUAUCGUUUUCUGGAUUUCAAGCAAGAGCUUGUAAUCUAGAUUUUACUUCAAACAACCCGCAAAUAUGGCUUCCGCUGAUAAGGGUCUCGAGGAGAUCCAAGAGGGACAAAUCGAGUCCAACUAUGACGAGACCGUCGACUCUUUCGAUACCAUGAACUUGAAGCCAGAGCUUCUCCGAGGUGUCUACGCUUACGGUUUCGAGCGUCCAUCUGCUAUCCAACAACGUGCUAUUAUGCCAGUCAUCAAGGGCCAUGACGUUAUUGCCCAGGCUCAAUCUGGUACCGGAAAGACCGCCACUUUCUCCAUCUCCGUCCUCCAAAAGCUUGACCCCAACGUUAAGCAAUGCCAGGCUUUGAUCCUUGCACCAACCCGUGAGUUGGCUCAACAAAUCCAAAAGGUCGUUGUCGCCAUCGGUGACUUCAUGAACGUUGAGUGCCACGCAUGCAUUGGUGGUACCAGUGUCCGUGAUGACAUGAAGGCCCUCCAAGACGGUCCUCAAGUCGUUGUUGGUACCCCAGGUCGUGUCCACGACAUGAUCCAAAGACGUUUCUUGAAGACCGACUCCAUGAAGAUGUUCGUUCUUGAUGAGGCCGAUGAGAUGCUUUCCCGUGGUUUCACCGAGCAAAUCUACGACAUCUUCCAACUCCUUCCUCAAUCCACCCAAGUUGUCCUCCUCUCCGCCACCAUGCCACAAGACGUUCUUGAGGUCACCACCAAGUUCAUGCGUGACCCCGUCCGUAUCUUGGUUAAGAAGGCCGAACUUACCCUCGAAGGUAUUAAGCAAUUCUACAUCGCUGUUGAGAAGGAAGACUGGAAGUUGGACACCCUUUCCGAUUUGUACGAGACCGUCACCAUCACACAAGCAGUCAUCUUCUGCAACACCAGAAGAAAGGUCGACUGGUUGACCGACAAACUCACUGCCCGUGAUUUCACCGUCUCCGCCAUGCACGGUGACAUGGACCAAGGUCAACGUGACUUGAUUAUGAAGGAGUUCCGUUCCGGUUCAUCCCGUGUCUUGAUCGCCACUGAUCUUUUGGCCCGUGGUAUCGAUGUCCAACAAGUUUCCUUGGUCAUCAACUACGAUCUCCCAGCAAACCGUGAGAACUACAUCCAUCGUAUCGGUCGUGGAGGACGUUUCGGACGUAAGGGUGUUGCCAUCAACUUCGUUACCGCUGAUGAUGUCCGCAUGAUGAGAGAAAUCGAGCAGUUCUACAGCACUCAAAUCGAGGAGAUGCCAAUGAACGUUGCUGACCUCAUCUAAGCUUAAUUUUCUUUUAAUACACAAUUUGGUAAAUCACGAGUUCUCGGGCGUGAAUGUCUAUAAAAGGACCACAGCAUCAGAACCCCCUUUGUAAGGGCAGUGAUAGUGAGCGUAGCUGGUUCGCCCGGCGCGUGAGGAUUUGGUCAAUGGGUAGCAUAAAAGUUGCUGCAUUGGUUCGUGCAGCUGGAUUAUUUCUUGCGUAUUUUAUGGCAUUAGAGGUUUGGGGGGUUCUUCUUUGCUUUUUAGUCUCUGUAUUUAGGGAUUCCUCAUCGGCUGUUUUACGACCUCUAUGUCUACUCAGAUCUACUUAUAGUUGGCUCAAAACUGGUCCAUUCAAUGUAGUACGACUGAUGAUAGAUGCUGAGAUCAUUUUCCAUAGAUCCCGGCAAAAAUAAAAAUAAAAAUAAAAUAAAAAUAGUCAAAUGUUUUAGUGACGCCA